AUGAGUACAUUAUAUGAUAUUGUUACUUAUUUUCUACUAUCGAAUCAAACAAAAGUAUUUACACCGACUGAUUUUAACACAAUUCGAGCAAUUGGUAGUUUAUUUUAUAAUAAUGACUUAAUAAAAUUAAUUUUAACAUAUGUAUUUAAUCCAACACAAUUAGGAUUUGAUAUUAAUAAUGAAGAAAUUAAUAAGAAAUUACUUGAAAGAAUUCUUAAUUCACUUAAAUCAAUGACAACUCAUUUAGCUGAUCAAUUAUAA